CAUCUACUCAAAAUUUCAUCCGUCCUAAUUUCAAGUGUUCAACACUUCUAGACUCCCAUCGCAUAUACUCAUCUCACGCGCUGCCCCAACAAACACCUUGGAAAAAGCGCCCACCGAAGAGAGAAAACAAAAUUAGGAGAGAGAAUUUUUUUUUGCAGAGAAGACAACAAUGAGCAAUUACUUAGCGCAAGGAGAGGAAUUCGAGAAGAAGGCCGAGAAAAAACUCACUGGUUGGAGUUUUGGAUUUAACAACAAACACGAAGAUGCUGCUGAAUUGUUCGAAAAGGCUGCCAAUUUUUACAAACUUGCCAAAUCCUGGGAUCAGGCCGGUGCCGCAUAUCUUAAGUUGGCAAACUGUUAUUUGAAGGUGGAUAGUAAACAUGAAGCUGCCAAUGCAUAUGCUGAGGCAGGUCAUGCCUAUAAGAAGACCUCAUCCAAGGAGGCGGUAUCUUGUUUGGAGCAGGCUGUAAAUAGCUUUCUUGAAAUGGGAAAACUUAAUAUGGGUGCUAGAUAUUGUAAGGAAAUUGCCGAAAUAUAUGAGACUGAUGAAAAUUUGGAGCAGGCUAUUGCUUGGUAUGAGAAAGCUGCAGAUCUUUUUAAAAGUGAAGAGGUGACAACCUCUGCAAACCAGAACAGGCAGAAAGUUGCACAGUAUUCUGCACAGUUGGAACAGUACCCAAAGGCAAUUGAGAUUUAUGAAGAUAUAGCACGACAAUCUCUGAAUAAUUCGUUGCUGAAAUAUGGAGUCAAAGGUCACCUUCUCAAUGCCGGGCUUUGCCAUCUCUGUAAGGGAGACGUCGUUUCCAUAACCAAUGCAUUGGAAAAAUAUCAGGAUCUGGAUCCUACUUUUGCGGGAACACGUGAAUACAAAAUGCUUUCGGAUUUGGCUUCUUCAAUUGACGACCAAGAUGUUGGAAAAUUUACGGAUGUUGUGAAAGAGUUUGAUAGCAUGACCCCACUGGACGCGUGGAAGACAACUCUACUUCUAAGAGUGAAGGAAAAACUGAAGGCCCAAGAUAACGAUGAUGAUGAUCUUACAUGAGUGAUUUCUUAAAUGGCUCUCAACUUUUGAUUUGUUCCAUUUAGAUAAGAGUGCUGCCGUGAUGUACAAAUGAUCUUCAGUGACUUUUUAAGCAUUGACUAUGUAUGUUUCAUGUUGGAGAAAUUAUUGAUCUACAGAUCUGGUGUUUGUGAUUGUAUUUUAGUCUAAAAAGAAGAGGGUUUAUCCUUGUUUUACUGGGAUGGGUUUUGCCUCUCAUUAUUGGACAUUUGACUAAUGUGAAUGUGAUUUGUAUCAUAA